UUCAUCAUGGCUUCCGAACGAAGUGACGAAGCGGUCUGUGAACAAAACGGGCAACAAAGUAAUAGCCAGGUUCAAAAUGGAACGGCGGGGAACAACGACCAACAAAACAAUCAGCCUCAACAGCAACAGCAGCAGCCACAACAAGAACAAGGUUCUAUGUGGAAGAGUCUUCUGAUUCGAAUGUUCAUCUUUUGGCUCAUUUCAAAUUUGUUUCGUGGUCGACAGCAACAGGGCACAAACACGAACGUGAUCGCCUCUACAAACCUGUUUAAAACGGAUCAGAAAAUGGUGAGUUAAUCUUGUCCAAUAACUGUCAACUUAGAUUGAUCAAUGGUAAUCAAAAGCUGUUUUUUUCAAACAAAUUUGACGAGAUUUUUAGAGGAGUCGAUGUCGCUCGCGUGCAUGCAUGAAGCCGGUUGGCACAUGAUCGGGCAUAAAUUUUUUUUGUGUGUAAGAAUUAAGUGAUGUACCUUUUCUUUCAGCAUUUUCGGGCGGAGAUCUUAGAAAAAUUAAAAUUAUCUUCCCAUUAAUUUAGAAUUGUUUGAUUACGAUUCAAAGUUUCAUCCGGUGAGGACUGCCUUGAUAUGUACAAGUGAGGUUCGAUUCCUGAGAGGGUGGUUUUAACGAGUGUGGUAUCUUCGGGAGUGUUUCAUAAUUUUCAACUUAGGCCUUACAUGUAGUUAUUUCUAUUUUUUAGAACGUUUCAAACGAAGUUAGAAAAAGCUUGAAGACCCUUAAAAAUAACAAAUUUAAAAUAAUUAAUCUAAUUUAAAUCAGCGUUUUCUUUCGUUUACAAAAUUAACAAUGACUUAAGAGUGACCAGCUUCUAAUUUCUCCUUACAGUAAUACUGCAGAAUCAUUCAUUGAGAUCAUGAGAAUGAAGGAAAUGAUCACUGACCAGAUAUGCUUUGGUUGUUAAACAAAUUCUCCUUGUGGGUUUCAAAGGAAAUGUAUAGAUUGGAGUAUGAAGAAUAUUAAUACUGAUGUUAGGGCGUAAAGUGGUCUUUUUGUGACUGGUUUUAAUCCCUGUGUUAUUAUUGAUACUUAAUUUUUUAAUGUUUCAAUCUUUGCAGGAACUGUGGGUUUAUUUGGCAGAAGAGCAACAUUUUACUGAUUUCAACAACAGUGAGAAACUUGUGUGGCAUGAAAGAGGUCUUAAGUUUGGGAAUUGGACAGAUGGACCUCAAAUGGAUGGUUCUCGUCUGUUCAGCACCAAUAUCCAAGCAUCAGAGGUAUGAAACCCACUAGGCCAGGACACCUUAAGUGCACCCUCUGCCAUGUUUCCCCUACCUUGAUGCAUUUUGUCUCAUUAAGUGUAACAAGUUCACCUUGGCUGUCACUAGUGUCUCCCAAAAUGAUUUGACUUGUUUCCUUACAAAAGAAUGAAUUUCUCUACUUAUUUUGAAAUUUAAAACUUGUGAGCACUGCAAAGAGUAUUUUUCUGUGACAAUUUGAAUUUUAGCUUUGGAGAUAAACUUAUCAACACAGGGGUAACUUAUUCUAUCAAAUGAGACAAACUUGUAAUAAUGGGGUAGAUUUUACAUUGUGGCAAAUCCUCCUUUGUCUUUGGGACAAUCAAUUUGUGUGCUCUAAUAUCAAAACAAGUUGCUGCAAGUCAGUCUAUUCCUUUGAACAUUCCACAAAUACAAGCUACAAUCAGCAUCAAAAUAAGUUAACACAAUAUGUUUAAUCAGUUCUUUGUUUUAUGAGGAGAGUAACACUACUGUUUGCUUUAUACUCUAAACUAAUGACAAGAUCCUCCCUCCCAUUCCCCAUUCCAUGUUGCCUGUUGGUAGCUAAAGGAUCAUGGAACCAUGAUACCACAUUGUUUUUUGGGGAAAGGGGGGUGAAUAGGUAAACUUGGCAAGGACAAAAGAAUAAAAAAGAUGCACUGACUGUAGUCUGAACUGAUGCAUUGUAUAACUGGACCAAAAGUCUGUUGCAGGAAAGAGUUUCACUGAAAAAAAAUCUACAUGUCACAUCAAGCAAAUUUUCACUACAACUUGGUACCUGAUUUGUGUUUAGGUGCAUGGUACAGUGAAGUCACUUGACUAUUUUUUUUUUUUUUUUUUUUGGGGGGUGGGCAAUGAGAUACAUUGCUCUUUCAACCUUUUAACCCCUAUGGUGACUAGCAUCUGAAUUCUCCUUACAAUAUCACUUCUGAAUCAAACAUCUAGGUCAUGAGAAUAAAGGAAAUGAUCACCAACUAUAGAAGGUCUUGAUUGUGAAACAAAUUCUCCUUUUCAGCACCUUAGGAAAUACAUAAAGAACAGUUUGGAGAAUAUGCAUACUGAUGUUAGGGUGUGAAGGGUCAAUGGGUGCAGUAAUUGAACUUUUGUAAUUCUUUCAACAGAGGAUGCAGAACAAUGGAUCUCUUUACAUUCAUGUUUAUGUAACAAAGACUGGCAAGUCACCUGACCCUAUGCAUCCAAAAUUCAACAAGCUCGCUGUUGUAAAUAGAAGUUUGUGUAAGUAUCAAUGACAAUACUGUGCUCUAAGAAAAAAAUCACUGCAGAAGGCAGAUCCUGGAAUUUUGAUUUCAGGAGGAUCCAGAAAACACGAAAUUUUGUUUUGUUAUUGUACUAGAACCUAGACAAGCAAACUAAGGAAUAUUUAAAGUUAAAUAAAUUUAAAUACAAAUUAGCCUGUAAAAAAAUAAACACGUUGAUUGGGGCAGGUUUGCCUCAACCCUUGCCCCCCCCAGAUCUGGAUCCAUCAUUGCAUGGGUAUCAGAAGUGUCUUGUGUCAGGGGUCUUGUUCAUAUCGAAAUACAACUUAAGAGGCAGAUUUAACUUUAAAUGGAAGCCUGCGUUAUAAAGCAAUUGGCUUUUAACAAUACAUUGGCUGUCGCAAACUGUAACUGUUUUUGAUAGUAUCAGUGUUACAUCACACUCUUCCCUUGCCAACCAAUGGCCUCAUUGCUUUGCAUGCAUGAAGGUGUGUAACACAGCAUUUAGAGCCACUAAAUUUCCCACAAUUUUCUCAUGGAAUAUGCACCCAGUUCCCGUUCCCUUUCCCCCCUGAGCCCUUGUUCUUAGCAUUGUAAGCCCCUAACUUGCUGGACCUAACCACAUUCUCCCUACAUGACUGUGAACUCUCAUUUUUUUCUUCUAUUUCAGUAUUGACCGUUUAUAGAAAAAAGCGAGUUCAUAAGACAGUAAACUUGUUAACUGGUGUGGCUGAUGCUAAUCCUGACAUUGUGGUAAGCUGAGUAUGUUUUAGCCAAAACACGGUUGUCAUUAGAAGUUGGUAGGAGGCAGAAACCCACUGAUUGUACAACUAUUUUGUGAAUUCUGAUCAGAGACAGAAGAUAUGUAUCUUUGAACAGAUUCUAAUAUCAAUGUCUGGUUACCCAGGGUACUCAAAAAUGUCCCAGAAUGUUGGAAAUCAUGUCUGAGAGAGUUUCAAAUUUCUAAUUUUUUGUGGGUAACAUUCGCCUAAACCCCUUACGCUCCCUGCUCAGUUCAAUUCAUAUUUUACCACAAUUGGCAGUAAUGUUGUAAUCUGAUUGGCCAAUUUGUCAUCAUCAAUAAGAGUACAGACAAAGCUGCUUGCAUUAACAUGUCACACAAUGGUCAGGCCAUGGAAGAAUUGUUUUAUUUAAUGUCAAUAUUGUGGUAAAAAAACAAAUUGACAGUGGUUUAGCAUGGUCUUCAUUCUUAUCAAUGGUAAUAUUGGUUGGCACAGUGGUCAAAAUUUGUUGCCGACUCACUCAGCUGUGCCCUGUGAGUCCACAAAGUUUCAACCACAGAGGUGACAAAUAUCUUUGUCAAUAAGAGUACAGACCUUGCUAAACCACUGUUGAUUUGUUAUUAAAUAUAUUACAUUUUCUAAUGACAACCCUGAAAAAUAAGGUAGCCAUUAUGUUUCAAUGUAUUCUUGGCUCAAUAUAUGAACUCACUUCCAAACCUUCUCACAGCAAGCACCUGACAGUAAGAUGCCUGUUGAAAUCAUUUCAUACUGGCACCCAAACCUGACGAUCAAUCUAAUGGAUGACCAGACUCCUUGGGUGCAGGGCUCUGUGCCGCAGCCAAUGGAUGAAUGUAAGUGUAUACAGAACAACAUAGGGGCCAGUUGUUCAAAGGCUGAUUAGCAUUCACCCAAGGUUAAAUUUUAAUUUUAUUUUUUUUAUUAAGUUUAUUCAAAAGCCUUUUUGAGAUAAUUUUUCCUAUUUUUUAGAGCAUUUAAUAAUCAAAUUCCAAACAAAAAUUAGUAUACUAUAUUUUCUUCUAAGGCUUUCAGUUGUGAAAUCAGAUUUCACACUAAAACUGAGUCAUCUUAACCUAGCUUUGAACAACCCUGUCCAGAGCCUCUUGAUAUCCUAAAGUCACAAAAUGGUCAGUUGAAGAAAUAUUUCAGUGACUAUAAAGAUAUCCCAAAGCCUCUGAUUACACCACUAAUCUUUAAACACAUUGUGAUGGUAUGGUAACAUUGCCAGCUGAAUUCUCUGACAAGGAGGGAGGAAGGGGCGGAUUUUAACUGAUAGAAAUCAUGGAACAUUACAUCUUGACUCCCAAGAGUGACUAAUAACUAAUUUCUCGUUACAUUACCCUGAAUAAAACAUAAAAUUCACGAGAGUAAAGGAAAUGGUCACAAACUGAAAAAGCCCUUGGUUACUGAACAAAUUUUCCUUGUCAGCGCCUUUGGAAAUGUGUAGUGAACAGUACAGAGAAUAAUUAUACAUACUGAUGUUAGUGUGUAGAAGUUAAUGCAAGGAGAACGGUAAACAUAAAUGAAAAAAACAAAAACUUCUUCAAAAAAAAAAAAUGACAUCCAAAGGGUUAAGACCUGUAAUGCCCUGUAUUAAAAAAAAGAGACAGCUUGCAAUACAGUCGUGCCUGAGUUAAGCGGUCACCUGCGGGGAAUGACGUUGGGACCGGUUAAUAUAGGUUCCACAGAUAAGGGGUAUUGUAUAAAACGAUACACAACACCAAUUUACUCGCUCAAAAAUACUCAUGACUUUGAUUUUGGGAGAUAAACAAGGAGUUAUAGCUGACUGAUUCCUCUUUCAGUGAUUGUUCAACUCAGGUGGAAAACUAGAAAAACAAGCUGUUAGGAAUUAGUAAUGGGUGACCGCGACCGCUUAAUAGAGGUGAAAAUUACAUUGAUUAAGGGGAAACACAUUCGUGACUUUGACCGCUUAAUACAGGGUGACCGCUUAAUACGGUGCCGCAUAAUACAGGUUUGACUUUAUUUAAUAACCUAAUUUUCUUCCAUUUUCAGUUCUUGCCUUUGAAAACAUAACAGGCAAAUACUAUCCUGUUCUGUAUUUAAACAAGUACUGGAAUCUGGCCAGUGACUACAUGCCAAUCAAUGAAACCACAAAGUAAGUGUUUUAAAUAUUUCGUGGAAAGUUUGUGAAUUUAAGCAUGUUGUGACUAUUUCUCGGCAGUCAUAUCGUAUGGAGCAAUUUCGAUUGAGUAUCCAACGUGAUCCGGGAUUGCUGUGUUUGUGCUUUACUUUGCUCUAUGAUUGGUCCAGAAAACUUGCGUUACUCUCUCAACCAAUUAGAUGCAGAACUAUUACCAAUAAUUGCUUGGUCGUCCGCGUUUUCCCGCGCUUUAGGUAGUUUGGUUAUUUUUAUUGCGCGUUCUCAUUGGCUCUUUGGGUAUUUUCCUUUAUUUUGAUUGACCGCUGUGAUUACUUUAGUUUUGCUUUUAUGUCAAUCAAUCAAGAAGCACGCAGUACAGUAUUAUCCAAGCUGAGGGUGGUUCUGCAGCUGUUAUACAAAUGGCAAAUUUGAGAAUACUUCGUAAACUUCAUAACUUAAUAUUAAUUUGUGGUACCCUGUGAGUUCUGCCAAUCCUAACUUUGCAGAGUUUAAUGCAAGUUAGCUGUAGUAACCUAUCUAAUGGCUCGAAAAAUCACAAACAUGUAUAUCAAUUACAAUAAAUUCUUUAUGAUGGAUUUUGCUGUCCAAAGCAACUUACAACAAAGUUAAUUUCACGCUCACCUUUUAUACAGAGAAAAAAACCUGAGUGUACGUAGAUAUGGAGUGUUUAACACGAUGUCUCAUGAGCAAGCGCAGCGGACGAGUGAGAUAUCGAGUGGAAUACGAAAGAGAAAUUUCCUAUCUGCAACUGUGUGCGCGCCAUAGUAUUACUUUGUUUAUUACAUAAAUCCCGUUUGCCUUUCUUGCGAAAGGAAAGUGAUGUGUCAGCAACUGAUUGGCGAUAUCAAACAUGCGAGAGGUUAUCGUUAUUUUACGCGUGUGCAGUUACGGCUUCUCUCAAGGCUGAAAAUCCUUACAAAGCACCUCAGUUCAUGUAAUAAACAAUAUAGUUGUUUUCAUGCUCUUGCAAAUUGGAAAUGUGACGUUGAAAUGCAUAAGUUUUUGGGAAUCACUCAAACCGAAAAAGUAACAUGUUUUUUUUGUUCCUUCGACAGAACCCUCGAGUUACACUUGACCUACAGUCCUAUAUCACUGUUCAGAUGGCAAAUGUACGAGUCUCAAAGAAUGAGACAAAAAUGGUUUUCAGUUUUAGGAGAUGAACCAGAACAGACUGAUGAAGAGCAGGAUUCUAUUAAGGUGUGUUUUAGGUUGUAAAAAGUGUCUCGUUUAUGUAGAACAACUUCACGCAAGUGUCUAAGGAUAUUCAGGAUUGCUCUGGUAUUCGUUUACCUCGCUAUGUGAUUGUUCCGGAAAACUGACGCCACUUUCUCAACCAAUCAGUUUUAAGACUUGUUGCCCUUAAAGGAGUUUCCUUGUGUUUAAUUUGUGUUUUCAUUGGCUAGAACAUAUUUUACUUUGUUCUGAUUGGCUGUUGUGAUUACUAUCAAUUUGUUUUAGUUUUACGUUACUCAAUCGAAAAGCGCUCUAGACAAUUAGUAAUUUUUUUAUUAUUAAUUUUGCGUAUUGAUUUUGCAUAUUUAAUUUUGCAUAUUUAAUUUUGCAUAUUUAAUUUUGCAUAUUUAAUUUUGCAUAUUUAAUUUUGCAUAUUUAAUUUUGCAUAUUUAAUUUUGCAUAUUUAAUUUUGCAUAUUUAAUUUUGCGUAUUAAUUUUGCAUAUUUAAUUUUGCGUAUUAAUUUUGCAAAUUUUAUUUUGCAAAUUUAAAUUUGCAAAUUUAAUUUUGCACAUUAAUUUUGCAUUUGAACACAGAGAGCUUUGGUGGAAACAAACCCAUACCUACUUGGCAUCACGAUGAUUGUUACAUUGGUUCACACUGUCUUUGAAUUUCUGGCUUUUAAGAAUGGUGAGCAAUUGUUUCCAGUUUUAUCCUAAAAUGUUGACCAUAGCGGAACUAGAACAAACAAUCCGUCUUGGAGAAUUAGAUUUUUUGUGGGAAAGCCGUUUUUCAAGGUCAUAUUUUCAGUGAUUACGAUCCAGAGCCAGUGUAAUCCCGAGAAAGGACCAGCAUGUUUUCCUCCGCUACUCCUCUUUGAUAAGCCAACACAUAUUUGUAGAGAAGAUUUUACCACAGCGGAACAUUGUUAUUAGAUUUCUGUAGAAUAAAUAUGGGAGACGUUUUGGCGUAACUGUUCUGUUGAUGGCUAGGGUAUUGUGUUAUCUUACUAGACAAGACAAUUAAAUCUCAAAGUGCAGGAAUUGUGCAGUUUUUAGAGCACUCGGCUUUCUUCUCCUUCCUUUCUCUCCAUUUAAUCUCUUCUUGAUGCUUUCAGACAUCCAAUUCUGGCGAAGCCGGAAGACUUUAGAAGGCCUGUCUGUGCGUUCCGUGUUCUUCAAUGUAUUCCAGUCUGUGAUUGUUCUCUUGUACGUUAUGGACAAUGAGACCAACACUGUUGUGAUUAUCAGCUGUUUUGUGGGACUUUUGAUAGAAAUUUGGAAAAUCAACAAAGCCGUUGACGUUAAGGUAAGUGUUCCAGAUUUAAAGGAAUGUGCUGAUAUUGUCACAACGACUGUUCUCAAUAAAUGCGCUUAUUUUCUCUGCCUAUUUGCUUAAAGAGGAACACUUAAAGCAAAAAAAAAAAUCAGUUUCACCGUACCAUCUGGUGAUCCGAUAGCCUGGGCUUGGUCACUGAGUUGUGUUCCUAGGCAACGAGUAGGAAUAGGUACCGGCCGACAGUCGUCUUAAUUAUAUAGAGCUUUUGAGAUAGCUAAUGCUGCAAUUUACAGUUGUGUGCUUGGUUGCCAAGCCUUUGAACAGGAGUGAGGCUAAGGGUAACCCUGUUAUGAUACAAACCUUACUGCUUUUCAAAUGUAAAUUACUUUGUUAUCAUGCUAACUAGAUACUGGUCUCUAUCACAUCAUGGUCACCUUCAGCCUCACUCCAAAUCAAAGGCUUGGCAACUAAGUACACAACCGUAAAAUGGCCUAUUGAUUGAAGAGAGUUGUUUGUCUCCUUUGAUAACUGAUAUACUUUGAUUUUUAGGUGGAUAGAGAAAAUCCUUGGUUUGGUGUUAUACCAAGAAUUCGCUUUGAUGACAAAGAAACGUACGUGGAGUCGGAAACAAAACAGUACGACAUGGUAAGGGGGCUCUCUCAUUUCAUUUUUCAGUUGAAACGAGAAGAAUAAAUGCAUACUGGUGAGGUCUUGUUGUUCCCUUGAAAGUUAAAUCCAUCGUCAGGCUAAAACAGAUCAAGGAAGCUUGCUAAGGAAACGGGAUAAGCCUUGUCAAACAAACUACUAAAACAUACUAAGAUGUUGUUCUUUUAAAAAGCCUCCACAGUAAUUUGAAUGUCUGAACUAUUGUGGAGCUGAUCUAAUAGUUUUGUUUCCCAUACUUGCUUCUCAGAUGGCGUUCAAGUAUUUGUCGUGGGCGCUAUUUCCGUUGUUGGUCUGUUACGCAGUAUAUUCACUGUUAUACGUUGAACACAAGGGUUGGUAUUCCUGGGUCCUCAGCAUGCUUUAUGGCUUCCUUCUGACCUUUGGUAAGUGUUUUCCUUUUGGUAAAGAAGCUUGUUCCUGGCGUUUAGUUGGUUUAAAAUAGCGCACUAGUAGAACGGCGCGAUAACAGCGGCGAAGCAAAUUAAGGAGGGAAGCUUGGGUCUGGUGUCGUGACGAAUAACCGGCCCAACUUCCCCCCUUUUUUCAACCCGACCCAGACUACCUUUCGUUUUUUCUUGCCGUUGCUUCCAUCGUGACUUUUGUCAGAACGCUUUGUUGUAGGAAGUGUGCGCUUAGCACAGGCCAAGCAACAUAGGUAAUGUUCAUCACAAAUAGGUCACUUCUUUUUUAGACUAAAACCAACAUGAACUCAUUGGCCUUUGAAAACAAAAAGGAAGUUAAGAAAAGUACUACAAGAAAAAAGUUAGAACUAAGAGAUUUUUUAAUUCCUUCAAACAUGGCGGAUCUUCAAGUGUGCGGGUAUACACCAAUGAUCAAGUUGCAAUUGCUGUUAGAUCUGUCUGAUUGAUUAUAAUUGUGGCGCAAACUUUUUACACCAACAACUCAGCGAAGGAAAGCAAAACCAAUGCUUAGCACUUUCCAUAUUUGAUUUUAGACCGUUUUAACUGAGCGUCCUCUUUGUGCAACUUUGGAGACGAGGUUUCUGUUAUGAAACAAAAGUUUAAUCCUACCUUGUAGACAUCAUUUAAAAGUUUUCAGUUUGAGAUUUUUGCCAAUAAAUUUAACUUUUUAACCUCUAAAAGUGAUAAGCAUUUAAGUUCUCUCAUCAGUGUCACCUUUAAAUCAAACAUUAAGUAAUGUUUAAAAAACGAGCAGGAGUGUUUUAUCGGGUUUAAAACCACGAGGCGUAGCCGAGUGGUUUUUGACCCGAUAAAACACGUGCUGCGAGUUUUUUGAACGGCUUCAAAAACAUUCUUGGAAAAGCGUGUGUCAAGAGAGUUCAUAACAAUUAUGCUUUUGUGAACGUUAUAAAUUAGCAUACGAGAAAAACAUUGUUGAUAAUUAAUUAAUAUUCAUAAGUCACGUGCAGUGUCUUUAUAUCUGAUAAAACACCGCAUACUAAUAAGGAUGAGGUUUAUCGAUAUAAAGUCACUGCACGUGAUGUAUUAUCUACCAUUUGAUAGGUUAAUGGCUUAUGAAUUAUUAAUGAGUUUUUGAAGGUCAUGAGAAUGAAGGAAAUUUAUUAGACAAAUUCUCCUUCUAAGUACUACAGGAAAUGUAUAGUGAACGGUAUGGAGAACUUGCAUACUGAUGUUGGGGUGUUAAGUGUUCAUUGUGUACCCUUGUUGAAUAUCUCCUCAGGAUUCAUUAUGAUGACACCGCAGCUGUUUAUCAAUUAUAAGCUAAAAUCUGUGGCUCACCUUCCUUGGCGCAUGAUGACCUACAAGGCUCUGAACACCUUUAUCGAUGAUCUUUUCGCUUUUGUCAUCAAAAUGCCAACUUUAUACCGCUUGGGAUGCUUCAGAGAUGGUAAGUUAUUUUCAAGGUGAACUGAACUAAGAAGACCUUUUUUGUAGCAGUGAAAACUCGAGAAACGUUCUCUGAUAAGCAUACAAUCAUAUUAGUCCUAUUUAUUAAAUAAACUGCGGUGUGUUACAAGGAUUUCCAGCCUUGAGAAAAUCCAUAACAGCACCUGUGUAAAAUUACGAUAAUUUUUUACGCAUGUUUGAUAUCGCCAAUCAGCUGCUGACACAACACUCGCCUUUCGCGCCGCUCCGGCAGGUCGAUGAAUGAAGAGCAAAAUGUUCACCAUUCUAAAUCUAAGGCCGUCUGUCGAAUUUCCUUGUCAGAAAAGGACUAUUGUGUUUAUAUUAGUAAACAAAAUAUUACAUGGUUGCCUACAGAUAUGUAAUCUCUCUUCUUGUGUUGAAAACUCGACUCAAUUGUCAAUGAAGUUGAACUCAGCUUUAUUUGUUAUGUUUCCAUCACAGAUAUUGUUUUCUUCAUCUACUUGUACCAGCGAUGGAUCUAUCCCAUCGACCCGAAACGUGUCAAUGAAUUUGGCCUAACUGGUGAACCUGUGGAUAACACUGACACAGCAGACCCAAAUGAAGCAAAACCUUCUGAAGAUGGCGCUGUAACAACUGGUGCUGAAGUCGUGUCGGAUAAAAAGAAUGAUUAAUUCCGUGAACUGUAUGCAAUUUUAAGUAAAAUGCGGAAUUAUUUAAACUUCAAAUUCAACCAUUUUGCUGUAGAAGCGUUCACCUAUUGUAUGGAAAUAUUAUUUAUGUUCCAUCACAGUGUUGACGAUUUCCGUGUUCCUCAAUGUUUCAUGUAUUUAUCCAAUGCAGUGACGUACCAAAAAAUUUAAACUCUAGCAUGAUCGUUGAAAUUGUUUUGUUGUAUGGGAUGCAAAUAACACUACGCGUCUUGACCCUUUAACGCUUAAGAGUGACUGGCAUCUGAUGUCUCCCUACCAUAUCAGCCCUGAAUCAAACAUACGGUCAACGAGAAUAAAGGAAAUGAUCACUAACUAAAAAAACUCUUGAUUUUUAAACAAGUUCUCCUUGUC